GUAGGUAGAGACUUCCUGACUUUUUCCCAUUGUGGAUGAUCUUGACAGCAAAUCUACUCAGCCAUGUCGUACAGACCAGGUUUUGGGGACCCUAAUCAACUAGCCCAACGCAUAACUUCCAACAUCCAGAAGAUCACACAAUGCUCUGCAGAAAUACAAAGAAUAUUACAUCAACUUGGAACACCACAAGACACGCCUGACUUGAGGCAACAGCUGCAACAGAAGCAGCAAUACACCAACCAACUUGCCAAAGAAACUGACAAAUACAUUAAAGAGUUUGGAUCUUUGCCUGCAACAAGUGAACAGCGUCAAAGAAAAAUACAGAAAGAUCGUCUUGUGGGGGAGUUCACCACAGCACUAACAAACUUCCAAAGACUCCAAAGGCAAGCUGCUGAGAAAGAAAAAGACUUUGUAGCCAGAGUAAGAGCCAGCUCAAGAGUCUCUGGUGGUGCUCCAGAAGAUACCUACAAAGAAGGAACACUUGUCUCUUGGGACAGUCAACCGCAAGCACAAGUGCAAGAUGAAGAAAUUACAGAAGAUGACCUCCGUCUUAUCGAGGAGAGGGAAUCUUCCAUUAGGCAGCUUGAAGCUGAUAUUAUGGACAUCAAUGAAAUUUUCAAAGACCUAGGAAUGAUGAUUCAUGAACAAGGUGAUGUGAUAGACAGCAUAGAAGCCAAUGUGGAAAAUGCAGAUGUACAUGUGCAACAAGCAAACCAGCAGCUGUCAAGGGCAGCAAACUACCAGCAAAGAUCCAGAAAGAAGAUGUGCAUACUCAUUGUUAUACUUGCUGUUGGAGUAUUGAUUCUUGGAAUCAUCAUAUGGUUUCUUUCAAGAUAAGUGUCUGGAGAAAGCUUUGUAAUUGGUAUUUAAAUUAGGAGGGGAAAUUCCUAGUCAUGGUUUGCUCAUGGUGAAGCUGAGUAAAAUAGUGGUUCUGUACUUCAUCACACUUACUCUUUUCUUUAUAAGACUUUGUUUUAACCUGGGAAAUAAUGUUCUCAGUACUACCAUCAGUAUAACUGCCUACCCUCUUGGAUGUGGGUGCUGUCUUACCAGAAAAAAACAGUCAAGGCCAUAAACUGUUCCGUUAACUUAAACCUAAAAGCCUCUUAAGGUUUAGGGGGCUAAUCAAAACCAUGAUAAUUUGUUUUGACUGGGUGGGUAAUUAUCUUUUGGGAUACUGCUAACGGUUGCUGCCAAAACAAACUCCUGGAUUGUUGCUUGAGGCAACAAAUUCACAUCUCAGAAUUUAUUUUUAAGU